AUGGCCUUGAAAAUUGGAACACACUCUGGCACCUUCCACUGCGAUGAGGCAUUGGCAGUGUACAUGCUCAAGACCCUCCCAAAGUAUAAAGAUGCGACUGUCACGCGCUCAAGAGAUCCAGAAACGCUUGAGGCUUGCGAUAUUAUCGUGGAUGUGACUGGAAAGUAUGAUGGUGUCAAACACUUUGACCACCACCAGCGCGAGUUUUCAGAAACUUUUGAUGCAGCGCAUACCACGAAGUUAUCAUCGGCCGGCCUUGUCUACAAGCAUUUUGGCAAGGAGAUUGUCGAGACGCUUACCUCGGAGAAGGGAGAGACGCUCGAUUUGAUUUGGAACAAGGUCUACAAUGAGUUCAUCGAAGGCAUUGACGCAAACGAUAAUGGUAUCUCCCCGUAUGGCACCACCAAGGCGUCGUUCAAGCCCGCACUAUCACUACCAGGCAUGGUAUCACAUCUCAAUCCUCGUUGGAACGAGCCCUCCAGCGAUGCCAUUCUAGACGAGCGCUUCCAAAAGGCAUCUGCGCUGGUAGGGAGCCAUUUUGAGGAUCGGGUGGAUUACUUUGCCAAAGCAUGGCUGCCAGCGCGAGCAGGUGUCUAUGCCGCCAUCUCUUCUCGAGAGACACCAGAGAUUGUCAUUUUGGAUGAAUUUCUUCCCUGGAAGGACCAUCUCUUCAGCAUCGAACAGGAGUUGCAGAUUGUUGGUAAGGUUCUCUAUAUCGUCUACUCCGAUGGCAAAGGUUGGCGCAUUCAAGCAGUGCCGCAAUCGUUGGACUCGUUCGAGUCGCGCAAAGCAUUGCCAGAACCCUGGCGUGGCGUACGGGAUGAAAAGCUCGACGAGUUGACGGGUCUGCCAGGGGGUGUCUUUGUGCAUGCUGCUGGUUUUAUCGGUGGCCACAAAACGCGCGAUGGUGCUAUUGAGCUUGCCAAGAAGGCAUUGACUUUCUGA